CGCCGCCGCCGCGCCGCCGCCGCCUCUGCAGCCCGCCCGCCGCCCACCAUGGCCCCCCAGCAAACAGGUAGCAGGAAGCGGAAAGCCGCCGAGGUCGAGGGGGGCGCCGGGAGUUCUUCGUCGCCUGGCCCGGCGGCCGCGGCGGCGGCGGCGGCGGCGGCGGGGACCGGCCACGGCGAGGGGCCAUUGCUGCUGGCCAAGAGGCCGCGGCGGCCCGUGGCUCGCCGCUCGCUGGUGCACUACCUGAAGGGCCGCGCGCUGGGCGCCGAGGGCCACCCGGGGCUGGGGGGCUUCGAGGGCGACCUGCGCGGCUACGGGGUCGUCAGGCUGCCCGAGCUGCUGAGGGAGCGCCAGCUGACCCUCGGCCCCCUCAACAAGGUGUUCGCGUCGCAGUGGCUCAAUGCCAGGCAGGUGGUGUGUGGCACCAAGUGCAACACGCUCUUCGUGGUCGAUGUCCAGACCGGCCGGAUUACCCGCAUUCCCCUGUUGCGGGACAGAGGGCCUGGGCAAACCCGUGCCCAACCCACCUGUGGCAUCCACGCUAUCCAGCUGAAUCCCUCCAAGACCCUCCUGGCCACAGGGGGUGAAAACCCCAACAGUCUCGCAGUAUACCAGCUGCCCACUCUGGACCCUGUGUGCUUAGGGGACCGCAAUGGCCACAGGGACUGGAUCUUCGCCAUUGCAUGGAUGAGUGACACGGUGGCUGUGAGUGGAUCCCGCGACGGCACCGUGGCACUCUGGCGGGUGGAUCCCGACAUGUUCAGUGGCAACAUUCCCUGGCACAAUAAUUCAGGGAUUCCACGGUAUUCACACAUUCGUCCAAGGGACAUGGAGGCCAUUCCCAGGGCCACCACUAACCCGGGUAACCGCAAAGUACGAGCCCUUGCAUUCAGCGGCAAAAACCAGGAGCUGGGAGCCGUGUCUCUGGAUGGCUACUUCCACCUGUGGAAAGCCCGGAGCUCCCUGUCCAGGCUGCUGUCCCUAAGGCUGCCCUACUGCCGGGAGAACGUGUGUCUCACCUACUGUGAUGAGUUGUCCCUCUAUGCUGUGGGUUCCCAGUCUCAUGUUUCAUUCCUGGAUCCACGACAACGCCAGCAGAACAUUAGGCCUUUGUGUUCCCGAGAGGGAGGCACAGGAGUGCGUUCCCUGAGCUUCUACCAGCACAUCAUUACCGUGGGCACUGGACAUGGUUCUCUGCUCUUCUAUGACAUCCGUGCCCAGAAGUUCCUGGAGGAGAGGGCCUCAGCCAGUCCAGACUCUUUUCUUGUGCGCACAGGGAGGAAGCUCAAACUAACCUGUGGCAGAGGCUGGCUCAACCAAGAUGAACUCUGGGUGAAUUACUUUGGUGGCACUGAGGAAUUCCCCAACGCACUCUACACUCACUGCUACAACUGGCCUGAGAUGAAGCUCUUCGUGGGUGGAGGUCCACUCCCUUCAGGCCUCCAUGGCAACUAUGCAGGCCUCUGGAGCUAAGGCCUCUAUGCCCUUGUAAGGCUAUCUAUCUUUCAGUUCAGGCUAAGGUUCUUCACUUACGUGCUUGUGUGUGAGGUGCGCAUGCACACUUCUAAUAUUAUGUGUGAUUUAUCUUCAAGGUGGAUUGGCCCAACUUUUUUGUGCUCAGCCACAGAGAAAGUGAAAACAGAAAGGAGAGAGGAGGAGAGGAGGAGGAAGAUGAGGAGUAGGAGGAGGAGGAGGAGGAGGAGAGAGAGGAAGAGAGGGAGAGAGAGAGAGAGAGAGAGAGAGAGAGAGAGAGAGAGAGAGAGAGAGAGAGAGAGAGAGAGAGAGAGAGAGAGAGAAAGAGAGAGAUCCUUUUGGCAAUCAAAACUUGGUGUGACUUUGGCACUUUUUCUCAGAGCACUACAUUUUGCUGUAUCAUACAAAAAUGUCGAGUAAGUCUUAAUCUUAUCCUUCCUGAGUGAUUUAUGUAUUUUCUUUCCUUAGGCUAAUGCAGUCAUUGUGUUCACUGCAAUUCAGCAGUUUGGUUUUACCAGCAUUUCAAUAAUAUGUUCAAGUUGUUUAAACAUUGCGUGUAUAUGGCAUUUUGAGAAAAAAUGUUUAUAAAAUGUCUGUUGGGCUGAUCCAUCAUUUAAAACUCCAAUAAAAUUAUAAAAUGUAUUUCAAGAUUUAGAUUUUGACCAUUUGGAGUGUCUUCCAUUUGAAUGUAAGAAAACUCAGUAUUGGUUGAUUGUACAUUAUGGAUAUAUAAAAUCUUUAACAUGUAUAUAAAUCUUACAGAAUUAUAUAAUAUUGUUCAAGCUAUUAAUCAAUUUUUUUACUUCAGAAAAACCUGAUCACUACCAUGCUUAGUACUAAAACCUUCUAUUUUAAAAGUACUGCAUUAUGACCUACUUUCCUCAGUACCAUUAUGUUAAAGAUUUACAUAGCUAAUCAAAUCUGACCUAAAUUUUCAGGAUAAUUAGGAAGGUAUUUGGGAGAUUAACAUUUCCUUAACUUUCAAGAAACAGUCCAGGUAGCCAUUUGCAAUGAAAGGCCAGUAGUUAUGGUCAGAGUGGGUGUAGUUGAAUUUUGUAUUGAAUACAUAGAUAAUCAUUUUCUGUAGAUAACUAUUGAGUAUGUCAUGUAUCGUAGAAGAAUAAAAUACAAAUGUGUUUAACAUCAUAGUAAUUAAACUAAGUUUUAAAAUGAUUAAAUAUGCAUUGUGGUAUUAAUUGUACUUAUAGGAAUGUAUUAUCAAAAUCAACAUUUUUUCUGGGAGAGGAGCUUUGGCUUCAGCUAUGCACACAUCAUUUUGCACAUUUGCUUUUGUAAAAGAAACUUUUAUAGAUUAAAAGAUAAAUAUUACUGGACCUGGAGAUAAGGGCUCAGCAGUUAAGAUCUCUUUCUCUCUUCCUGAGUUCAGUUUCCAGACCCCUGUGUGAAAGUUCAUAACUGCCUUUAACUCCAGCUCCAGGGGAUUUGACACUCUUUCCAGUUUCCUGUGGACCUUUGAACACAUAUGGUCUACAUUCACAUAGACACACAAACAUAAUGUUUUUUACAAGUAUAUAGUGAAAUGUCUCCCACUCCUGGAUUCCUGUUCUCUGGCCAUCGUAACUACAAUAAUUUUUUGUGUAUAUGUAACCACUUAGAGAGAUUCAAUGCAUCCCUAAGGAUACCUGUGACUAUGUGAUUUACCCAUACUCUAGAUAUGUAUACAAUUCUGUUAAAAAAUUCAUAUAGAUAUAACUAAUUUGUUUUUACUGUAUGUCAUCCCACUACAUGGUUGGAAUGUUGUAUUUUUGAUAGACAUUAUUGUUGUAUUAAGUAUUUAGAUGCAUAUAUCCUUGUACUUGUCAAAGUAUAGGUACAAGUGAAUUUCUAAAAAUUAAAUUUUUGAGUAAAUGAUG